AUGGGGCUAUUAAAGAUUUUAAAGAAAACUAAAGAAAAAGAAAAAGAAAUGCGUUUGUUAAUUUUAGGUUUAGACAACGCAGGUAAAACCACCAUCCUUAAAAAGUUUAAUGGAGAAGAUAUUGAUAAAAUAUCUCCAACUCUAGGAUUUAAUAUAAAAACUCUCCACUAUCAAGAUUAUAAAUUGAAUGUUUGGGAUGUAGGUGGCCAAACAACUAUUCGUUCAUAUUGGCGUAAUUAUUUUGAAUAGACAGAUGGACUCAUUUGGGUAGUUGAUAGUUCUGAUAAAAUGAGAUUAGAAGAUUGUAAAAGAGAAUUACACAGCCUAUUAAAGUAAGAAAAGCUAGUUGGUGCUACUCUGCUUAUUUUUUGCAACAAACAAGAUAUUCAAGGAGCUUUAACAUGCCAAUAAAUUAAAGAAUUCCUUGCCUUAGAUGACAUAUCCACAAGACACUGGGGAAUUAUACCUUGCUCUGCUGUCACUGGAGAAGGACUAAUAGAAGGAAUAGAUUGGAUUGUAACUGAUAUAGCUUCAAGAAUUUUUAUGAUGAAUUGA